AACUCGGAGAGCUCUCUCUCUCUCUCUGCCGCUCCCAUCAAGUCUUUAUGUAGAGAGAGAGAGAGUGUAUGUAUAUACGUAUGUAUGUAUAAUGUAUGCGUAGGAGUAGAGAUAGAAAAUCAGCUCCCCACCCAGCUUCAAUACCCUCUAGCCACAAAACAAAAUCACAGGGAGGGAGGGAGGUUCGAAUUAAGAGAGUGGUCAGCUGCAGCAGAAGCAAUUGAUGGGUUCUGCUUCUGCUCGCUGCUACUUCUGCAACUGCAACCUGCAUAGAAAUAAGGCGGUGGUUUGACUGUUGUAGUAAGUUUUAUUAUUAUUAUUAUUAUUAUUUUAAAAAAAAGUGAAGAGAGAGAAACGAGAGAGAGAGAGAAAGGAAGACAUAAAUGAAUGACUGACUGACUGAAUGAAUGGCUUUGGGUCUCUCUUACUGAUCACCUCGUCAGAAGAGAAAGACGAGAGAUUUCAUGGGUAGGUACUGUAGAGCACAGAGCAAAGUCCUCUGUUUUAAUUUGGAAAACAAGAGGGGAGAGAGCAAGCGAAAGAGUUUGGAAAAGAGAGUGAGUGAGUGAGUGACCUGUGCUUUCUUGUUUUCUUUUUUAGAGCUGUCUUAACAUCUUCUGGUCUGUACCAUAGUUUUCAUAUAUUUCUUUAUGGAGAAAUUCAACCACCAUAUUUUACUUUGAACAAAGGCAACCUCCCAAUCCUUCCUCUUUUUUAUCUUCUCCCACGGGAAUACUCCUUUUCAUACUUUCUUUUCCUUCCUUUUUCUUUUCUUUUCUUUUCCUUUCUUUUCUGGGUUUCCUGCAGGAACAAGAGAAACAUCAACUGAUCACAAGUAGCUAUUAGGUGUGGUCUGGGGUGGUUGUAGAAAGAGUGGUUUCAUUUGUUUUGUGCAAACUUCACUCAAAAACCACACAAAAGUAGUAGUAGUAGUAAUAAUCUAGUAGAGAGAGAAAGGGUUGGGGGGUUGGAGUGGAAUCUACUACCAACCAACCUCCAAAACAUGGAUGCAUAUGAAGCAACAAGGAUUGUUCUCUCAAGGAUCCAAAACUUGGACUCCGAAAAUGCCUCAAAGAUAAUGGGUCUCCUGUUGAUUCAAGACCAUGGUGAGAAGGAGAUGAUUAGAUUAGCCUUUGGGCCGGAAGCUGUAGUUCACUCAGUGGUUCUCAAGGCCAGAAAAGAACUGGGUUUGGCAUCAAACUCACCAUCCUCGCCGUCCUCUCCGUUGCCGUUCCUUCCAAACAACAGCCACUCGAUCUCUCCUCUUUCCCGGCAGAAUUCCACUUCUUCACGGCUUCUCGGUGUUGGUCUUCCAUCUCCUCUUAGCAUCCCCAACCAGUCUUCACCUACUACUUCAUCUUGGGCUGCUUCCUGCUUCUCUGACUUUCAGAAUCCUGAUGAUUUGAUCAGCCCAAGCCCAAGCUCAUCUUCAACCACUUUUUCAGCUAAUGGAUUCCAUAACCAUAACCCAGCAGCCUCGUCUUCGUCCAUGAACUCGUCUGCUUCCCCUUUCUAUGCAAGUGGAGGAGCUGAUCUGAUUGAUGAAUUCCAGCUACAAGACCAGCUCGCCUUCUUCAACGAUGGCUUACAAAGUCUCGGCCCCAGAAGCCCUGAUUUGUUCUACCCACAUCAAGAUUUAGCCUCCUGCAGCCCCACCGGAACUGGCGGCGGCGACGCCAUGCUCUUCUCUUCUUACGGCGGCGGUUCUGGCAACUGGGGAGGAGCCACCGUGAACGGCCUCCCCCACCGCCGGAGCUGCUCGGUAAGCGAUAUUUGCUUGGGGGGAUCUGAUGACUCUGCUUGUGGAUUUGGGUGGAAGCCUUGCCUCUACUUUGCUAGAGGCUACUGUAAGAACGGAAACAGCUGUAGGUUCCUCCACGGCGCCGAUUCAGCCGCCAUGGUGGGUUCGGAUGGUGCUGCCAUGGUUGGCUCGCCUUGCAAGCUAGAGACAACGAUGGAUCAGUGCCAAGAGAUUCUCAGAUCUAAAUCGGCACAGCAGCAGAGGUUAGCUGCCGCUUCUCAGCUCAUGGCUUCUACUUUCCCCCCUUACUCUGCUGUAGCCGCAAACAAAUGCAUGAAUCUCCUCCUCCAGCAACAGCAAAGUGAUACCCAAAGGGCCGCCGCGGCGUUGAUGAUGGGUGAGGAUAUGCACAAAUUCGGGCGAUCCCGGCUUGAUAGGAACGAGUUUACGAUGAACGGUGGGCUGGGAAUGGUGAACCCCGGUUCAAGACAGAUCUACCUGACUUUUCCAGCUGAUAGCACAUUUAGAGAAGAGGAUGUCUCCAAUUAUUUCAGUAUUUAUGGUCCAGUUCAAGAUGUGAGGAUUCCAUAUCAACAGAAGAGAAUGUUUGGGUUUGUUACCUUUGUCUACCCAGAAACUGUUAAGCUCAUUCUUGCUAAAGGGAACCCUCAUUUUGUAUGUGACGCUCGGGUGCUUGUGAAGCCAUACAAGGAGAAGGGCAAGGUCCCUGACAAAUACAGGAAGCUGCAGCAUCAGCAGCAACAAAUGGAGAGAGGAGAGUUCUCAGCAUGUGGUAGCCCUACUGGCUUAGAUUCGAGAGACCCUUAUGAUCUUCAGCAUGGAGCAAGGAUGUUUGGAGAUACUACCCAAGACAUAUUGUGGAGAAGGAAACUGGAGGAACAAGCUGACUUGCAGCAAGCUAUUGAGCUCCAAGGUCGGAGACUGAUGGGUCUGCAACUUCUUGAUGUGAAAAGGCACAAUCACCACCGUACCCUCUCUACGGGUGCUGCCAUUCCGUCCCCGCACUCUCCAAACUUCUUCAAUCAAGAUAGAAGCAGUCCUGAAGUCAUAGAAGAGAAUGGAUCCAGCCCGACAAUGGCAGUUGCAGCAACUGCUGCGGGUGAUCAGCAAUUGCAACAGACUGCAAAUGUAUCUGAGAAGGAGAAUGAGAAAGAAACAUCGAUAGCAAGUAACAACAAUGGCAUUGGCAAUGGAAGUGGCAAAGAAAGUCCCAAUUUGCAUGAAGAAAGUGAUUUGCCAGAAAGCUUGGAACACAACCUCCCUGAUAGUCCCUUUGCAUCUCCUAAAGCUGCUGUGGACUACUUGACAGCCUUCUCCAGCACAGCUGGUGAGGCGGAAAAGAAUGCCGCAGUUUUGGCAGCAUCUGCUAACAAUAACUUGAUCACUUCAUCCUUGCUUCCUGCCACUUCUACAUUAGACAUGGCUUCUUUGAAAUCAUGUUACUUUCAAGCAACAAGGUUCUCUUCUGGUCAUGGAGCCAUUGGAAUGUAGCUUGGUGCUGUUUUUUUUCAAUUUUUUUAAGCUUUUUUGGCUCAUGGGAAGUUUGAUAAGAAUCAGAAACACCAAGAUACAUGUCAGAGAAAUCACCACCACCACUAGCAUCACCUCUCACCACCAUGGAUGCUAUUAUACAACUUAUUUUACUAAGAUACAAAUGCAUACGUAAAAAGUCAGAAGUGGGUCAGCCAUUUCUGUCUUCGUUGUACUAUUUCCCACAUCUCAUAAGAGUGUCAUAUCUGUAGUUGAAGUUGGACCACAGGUUAAAAUAGUCACAGAAAAUCAAGCAAUCAAUGUGUAGUAGUAGUUGGAGUAAAUUCUUGGGGGACUGUAAUUUUCUUUAGCUUUUCUCACCAGUUAUGGGCUUUUCCCAGUAUAAAUAUCAGAAGUCCCAAGUGUAGUUUGUUAGUGUAUGAUGUUAGGAAGACAAUUAAUGUACAGCAGAACCAGAAACAACAAUGUCAACAAAGAAGCCAAAGCUGUGUAACUAACUACAAGGCUGAUUGGAAAGAAGGUAAAAAGUCAGCUCAAUUUGGUAGUUUCAGGUAUAAAAACAAGAAAAAAGAAAAGAAAUGGUAUUUUUUACCAUAACUUGUUUGCUGUAAUUGUUCUGUAAUACACAGUAUGAACCUUUAGAUUUUAGUAGACAGAAAGAGGAAAUUUUAGAAAAAGGAAAAGAUAAGAAAGAAAGAAAGAAAAAGAGUGUUCUUAAAUUUGAUUGGUAGUUUGGUA